GCGCAAAUGAAGAAGGCCGAAUCACUACAGCGCUAAAUUGCACUCCACAGCACCCAUACAGACACGUGUGAGGCGGGGAGGGCAGGAGAGGGAUGGCAGAUCGCAUGGCGCGAGAUGCGCCGUUCAGAAGAGUUAAUCAUCAGGGGACAAAGUCGCGAGCCCCAAGGGGGGAGGGUGAAUGAAAAGACGCAUUCUUGCUCAAUGCUGCGUCGCGCUAGGAAAGAGCCGACUGAUGGAUAUUCGGCUCAUAUUCGGCUCGCCCCGAUGUGUCGAAGUGCUCAUCACCGGAUAUGGUGCAUGGGGAGGGAGCCAAAGGAGACUACUAGAGGUUUUGCAGACUGCAGAAACAUUCAUCGGAUGAGUGUAUGCCUGAAUGCAUUGGGCUGCGUUGGAGUGGGGGGCGGGGUGAGGUUAGGAACGAUGAUGGAAGGUUGCCAAGUGGAGAUCAUGCGGACGCACCCGGCACGCAGCCUCUCAACGCCUCAUCCGUCCCUGCCCUCAUCAAGAUUCAAAGCCUCUCUUCAACGUGUAUGGUGGACAGUUGUGAUUUUUGACUUAGACCCACAUUGCCAGGGGGAACAGUGAGACCUCGCUAACAAAGAAACCCGCGAGCUAACACCUGGCAAGAGGCACCUCGAACGUUGAAGACUUCAAGGGGCCAGGUCGCUUCCCACCUCACCCUGGGACACAGCCAAAAUCGAAAGGAAUGGGAACAGGCGCCGCACAGCACUAUGCAUCCAUGCUGCCU